AUGGCUUCAAUCUCGCGAGCCAACGGGGUGCAAUCACCCGCUGUGGGCGUUGGGCCUGCUUAUCGUCCAGAGGAGGAGAAACCUACCGCCACUGUCUCAAAAAGCGUCCAGCAAGAAAAUGUCCACGUCUUGCCCCAAACUCCCCAGCUGAUUGCUCUUCUGACCAUGAUUCGAGACAAGAACACCCAGCGAGCGGACUUCAUCUUCUACUCCAAUCGUAUCAUUCGUCUUCUGGUCGAAGAAGGCCUCAACCAUCUUCCCGUCGUCGCACAUACCGUCACAUCUCCUGUUGGCAAAGACUAUGUUGGGGUGAAAUUCGAGGGGAAAAUCUGCGGUGUUUCCAUUAUGCGAGCAGGAGAGUCGAUGGAGCAGGGGUUAAGAGAAUGUUGCCGUUCGGUUAGGAUAGGCAAGAUCCUGAUCCAGCGCAACGAGGAAACAAGCAAACCAAAGCUGUUCUAUGACAAGCUGCCCCCGGACGUUGCCAAUCGAUGGGUGCUGCUCCUGGAUCCGAUGUUGGCAACCGGUGGUAGCGCAAUCAUGGCCGUUGAGGUUCUGAAGAGCAAGGGCGUGCCAGAAGAACGUAUUUUGUUCUUGAACCUGAUUGCCAGUCCUGAAGGGAUUGAGAACUUUGCCACAAAGGUGCCCAAAGUCAGGGUAAUCACGGCUUUUGUCGACCAAGGUCUCAAUGACCAAAACUAUAUCGUCCCCGGCCUCGGUGACUUCGGCGACCGCUUCUAUACCCUGUGA